AUGUCCUGCUCCAGCCUGUGUGUCCCCAGCUGCGGGGUGGCCACCCCGGCCCCUCUGGCUGACACCUGCAACGAGCCCUGCGUGCGGCAGUGCCCCGACUCCACGGUGGUGAUCCAGCCCCCGGCCUCGGUGGUCACCUUCCCCGGGCCCAUCCUCAGCUCCUUCCCCCAGCAGAGCGCCGUGGGCUCGGCAGGAGCUCCCUACGUGGGAGCCGGCUCCGGGGGCUCCUUUGGAGGCCGUGGUGGCUACGGGGGCUACGGAGGAUUUGGUGGCUAUGGAGGAUAUGGAGGCUGGGGUUAUGGAAGCCGUGGGGGCUACGGGGGUUGGGGCUAUGGAGGCCGUGGGGGCUACGGGGGAUGGGGCUGUGGAGGAUAUGGAGGCUAUGGAGGCUACGGGGGCUCUGGGAGCUGUGGCUACGGGGGCUGGAGCAGUGGCCACCGCUACCUCAAUGGCAACUGUGGGCCCUGCUAAGCCCCAGCGCCAGCGCGGCCUCCGACCAACGAGAGCUCCAGGAGAAACCCCGGCACAUCCCGACCCGACGCUGUGUGAAGGAAAAGCUCCUCUCCUCGGGAGCCCCGUGCCAGCUCGGGAAGCACCUCUGCCUCGUCCCUGCCCCGCCUGAGCCUCGCCACGGGGCUCCUGGUGCCCCGGUGCCAGAG